GUCAUCCAUUGGAACUCUCCUAAGAAGCUGAGAGUGAAGAACAAGCAUGUAGAAUUCUUCAGGAACCUGUACCUCACCUUCCUGGAGUACGACGGAAACCUCCUGAGACGAGAACUCUUCGGCUGCCCCAGCGAGACAGACCACAACAGCGAAAACCUCCAGAAGACUCUGUCAGAGCUGGAUGAAGAUGAUCCGUGUUAUGAGUUCCGCCGGGAGCGUUUCACGGUUCACAGGACUCACCUCUAUUUCCUUCACUACGAAUAUGAACCCAGCACGGACCACACAGACGUUACACUGGUGGCACAGCUCUCCAUGGACAGACUCCAGAUGUUAGAGGCUAUCUGUAAACACUGGGAAGGUCCUAUCAGCCUGGCCCUGUAUCUCUCUGACGCUGAGGCUCAACAGUUCCUGCGCUACACCCAGGGGUCAGAGGUCCUGAUGUCCAGGGGGAACGUGGGCUACCACAUCGUCUACAAGGAGGGUCAGUUCUAUCCGGUCAACCUGCUCAGGAACGUAGCCAUGCGGCAGGUCAACACGCCCUACAUGUUCCUGUCAGAUAUUGACUUCCUGCCCAUGUACGGCCUCUACGAGUACCUCAGGAAGUCAGUGGUACAGCUGGACAUGGCUAACAGCAAGAAAGCGUUGGUGGUGCCGGCCUUCGAGACGCUCCGUUACCGUCUGUCUUACCCCAAGUCCAAGGCCGAGCUGCUGUCCCAACUGGACAUGGGGACUCUAUUCACCUUCAGAUACCAUGUCUGGACGAAGGGUCAUGCUCCCACUAACUUUGCUAAGUGGAGGACUGCCACCACGCCGUACAGAGUCCAGUGGGAAGCGGACUUUGAACCCUACGUGAUGGUGAGACGGGACAGUCCAGAGUACGACAGGCGCUUCGUUGGCUUCGGGUGGAAUAAAGUGGCUCAUAUUAUGGAGCUGGAUGCACAGGAGUAUGAGUUUGUGGUUCUGCCCAACGCCUAUAUGAUCCACAUGCCUCAUGCUCCCAGUUUCGACAUCACCAAGUUCCGGUCCAACAAGCAGUACCGCGUCUGCCUGAAGACCCUGAAAGAGGAGUUUCAACAGAACAUGUCUAGACGAUAUGGCUUCGCUGCCCUCAAAUACAUGACUGCAGAGAACAACAGCUAGCCAACACCGAUGAGCCAGGACACUCUGACCCGUUAUUGACUACACUACCCAUAACACCCUUCUCUAAGGCUGUCUAGGACUACACUUCUACAGAGGAGAGGGAAAGGGCGGUGGAUUCUAAGGACAGUCGAUGUAGGGGAGUCGGGAGUGGACAGAACGGUUACUAGAGACUCUUACUACGAACUCUGACCCGUUAUUGACUACACUUCCCAUAACACCCUUCUCUAAGG